UCUAGUUUAAGUGCAGUGUUGCUGUUCCCUGAAGGCUGAAGCAGAUCCAAAUCUCAAUUUCAUUGAGAGAAGCUGAAGCUUCGAUCGUGAUCACUGUCCUUUUCCAUGGCAAAUGCCUGGAAAAGAGAUAAACCCACGAGACUAGUCUCUCCAAAGUUGCUGAUUUUACUCUUCUCUUCCACUCUCCUCCUCUUGUUCUUCUUCUUCGGAUUCCUCAACUCUCGUCCCUCAAACACAAACCCUGGCUUCAUCACCGUCAACACCCAUCUCUCCUUGAAUGCAAUUUCCCCUUUCGAUUGCUUGAAAUCACCGCAGGCCCACCCCGUCGUUGCAAGCACCGUGGAAGGGGUUCGUUACCCGUUUCUCUACUCGCUUUCGGAUUUCGGAACCCUACCCGACAAGCCCCACAAGAACAUCGUGAGGAUGCUCAAAGGGAAACCUUUUCGCAAACCCGACAUCUCGGUCACGAUUCAGGAUGUUUUGGAGAAGGCGAAAAGCGAAGGAAGAGAUGGGUUUGUUGUGGAUGUGGGUGCCAAUGUGGGUAUGGCAAGCUUCGCCGCAUCUGCUAUGGGGUUCCGCGUUUUGGCAUUCGAGCCUGUUUUCGAGAAUUUGCAGAAGAUCUGUGAAGGGAUUUACUUCAAUAGAGUCGCGGAUUUGGUUACUGUGUUUGAAGCCGCAGCAUCAGAUCGCCUUGGCAACAUUACCGUUCACAAGUUGGUUGGUAGGCUGGACAACAGUGCGGUUUCUGCCACAGGUGCAAAGAUGGCAUUUAAGUCCAAUGAAGAGAUAGCUUUUCAAGUAAGCACUGUUCCUCUCGAUACAGUGAUUCCAAAAUCAGAGCGUGUGCUUCUACUCAAAAUAGAUGUUCAGGGCUGGGAAUAUCAUGUUCUUAAAGGAGCAUCCAAGUUACUCUCAAGGAAGGGAAGUCAAGCCCCAUAUCUCAUAUACGAGGAAGAUGAGCGUCUAUUGCAGGCCAGUAAUAGCAGUGCAAAAGAGAUUCGAGACUUCCUCCGAAGUGUGGGUUAUCAUGAUUGUACCCAACAUGGCACAGAUGCACAUUGCACCAAGAAGGAUUGAUCACAAUUUCGGUUUUCAGUUUUGCAGCCCCUUCCUGGAAAACCAAGUCAUUGCUAGUUUCCGCGUACACUUUUUCCACUUGACAAACAUCAUGUGUCAGACAAUCCUUGAGCGUUGAACCAUCUGAUGAAUUGAUGGCCAACAGCAAGCUGCUUAAUAACUUCAUGAUCAUGCAAAAGUAUCCAUCGAUGGAAGUUGGAAAAGCAUAUGUUCAUGGACAUGCAUUAGCAUUACCUUCAAUAGGAUUCUU